CAAGUUCAAGACCCGGCUCCUACGAUUCUUCGUUGACAGAAGUGUAUCGUUGCUAUCUCAGUUGUUAUUUUAACAGAUUUCAGAGACCUGUUUGAGUUCAAACAUCUUCUUGUUUCUGCAGAUAGGUUUCUGUUGUUGUGAUCGACAGUGUGGAUUAUCUGGAUUCUACAGUUUUUCCUGUGUUUCACCUUGAUCUGGUGCAAAGAUCAACUCUAGAGAGGCACAACAUGCUGUGUCCCAGUGAGAGUUGGGUGAACCUGGAUGACCCUCCCUGCCCCGACACUGAUGCUGUCAUCCCCUCCAGUCCUACAAUGAGGUCCACCAGCCUAAUAUGCCCCUCCCCUAGAUCCUCCAUCUUCUACAACAGCAUCCUACAACAGUUUGAACAACCUAUUUCCUUCCCUUCCUUCAUCCCAAGCCAGUAUCUGAAUAUUCAUAAUGCAGGUUUUUUCAGUCCAAAUACUAGUGUGCUUCAUUCAGACUACCCUGACUUUACUUCUAACUGUACUGACACUAAUGACCUUCCUUCUAUGUUUCUAUUAGAGAGCAGACAUGUAUUCCCCAGCCGAAAUCAUAUGUCCCUCCCAGCCGACACCAAUGCAAGCAUAUUCCCAAGCCCAUGUGAUAUGUCCCUCCCUGCUGGCACCAGUGCAAGCCAAACCUCAAUCGUCGAAGAGUUUAUUGCUGAACUCUCACCACCUCAUUUCAUGCCUGUUACUAUUUGCAGUGAAUCAAGCCUGAGUCAGAACAUCAGCCAGACCUCAUUGGGUUUCGAUGUUUCCAGCUUCCAGCCGCUUCCAGUUGACAGCGCAUGCAGUCUACAUCAAGAAACAAUCAGCCAGACUUCACUGGGCCCGGAUUUCGAUGUUUCCACCUUCCAGCCUCUUCAAGUUGACAGCGCAUGCAGUCUACAUCAAGAAACAAUCAGCCAGACUUCAUUGGGCCCGGAUUUCGAUGUUUACAGCUUCCAGCCUCUUCCAGUUGACAGCGCAUGCAGUCUACAUCAAGAAACAAUCAGCCAGACUUCACUGGGCCCGGAUUUCGAUGUUUCCACCUUCCAGCCUCUUCAAGUUGACAGCGCAUGCAGUCUACAUCAAGAAACAAUCAGCCAGACUUCAUUGGGCCCGGAUUUCGAUGUUUACAGCUUCCAGCCUCUUCCAGUUGACAGCGCAUGCAGUCUACAUCAAGAAACAAUCAGCCAGACUUCACUGGGCCCGGAUUUCGAUGUUUCCAGCUUCCAGCCUCUUCCAGUUGACAGUACACUUCCUGGAUCUACCAACAAUCAGCCAGACUUCAUUGGGCCCAGAUUUCAGUGAUUCCAGCUUCCAACCACUUCCUGUCAACAGUGCAUGCAGCCUAGAUCAAGCAUCAAUCAGCCAGACAUCAUUGGGCCCUGAGUUUGAUGAUUCCACAUUCAGGAAGCUUCAGGUCGACAG